UCAUCAGUUUAGCGACCAUAAAGCUUCAAUAAAGGUUAUUGAAAAAGAAACACAGCGCUUCCGGGUCCUGUUGAGUCCGCAGUCCCAGCUGAGCGUCAGAAAACACAGCAGCGACACGAUGAGUACCGAGAAAUACCCCAGGUCUUCUAUCGAAGACGACUUCAACUAUGGCACCAACGUCGCCACAGCCAGUGUCCAGAUACGAAUGGACUUCCUGAGGAAGGUGUACAGCCUCCUGAGCUUGCAGAUCAUUCUGACCACGGCCACCUCCGCUCUGUUCAUGUUUUCUCAAACCAUCAAGGAUUUCGUGCACGCCAGUCCUGCCGUGGUUUUGGUUUCGGCCCUGGGCUCUCUGGUUCUCCUGCUGGCCCUGGCCGUGUACAGGCACAAACAUCCAGUCAACCUCUACCUGCUGCUUGUAUUUACCCUGCUGGAGGCGGUUUCUGUGGCCACAGCCGUGACCUUCUAUGAAUACUCCACUGUGCUGCAAGCCUUGUUCCUGACCUGUGCUGUGUUUGCUGGACUGACAGUCUACACCUUCCAGUCCAAGAGAGACUUCAGCAAAAUGGGAGUUGGCCUGUUUGCCUGCCUGUGGAUCCUCCUCAUUGCAGGCUUCAUGAAGUUCUUCUUCAACAGUGACAGCACAGAGCUGGUAAUGUCCGGCGCCGGGGCUCUGGUCUUCUGCGGCUUCAUCAUCUAUGACACAUUCCUGCUAAUGAAGCAGCUCUCCCCUGAGGAGCACAUCCUGGCCUCCAUCAACCUCUACCUGGACAUCGUCAACCUCUUCCUGCACAUCCUGCGUCUCCUCGACUCCAUGAAGAAGCACUAAGAGCUUUAUUCAGCUGCCGACUCCAUAUUCAGCCUCACUGGAAAGCCACAGAUUCGCCCGCUCUGUGAUUGUCUUGUGUUAGUGUGAGUUUUGCUGCCCUGACGUUAAUCAGAGGUGAGAAUUUUCAGGAGGAAUCUUCUUAAAUAAAAUAAAACUCUGUGCUUGGUGAACUCUUUCCAGGUGGCUGUAGGACUUGCUUCUUUUUAUUUGUGGUUGCUGGUGUCCUUAUCAAAUUGAAACCACAAUUUACUCAUGUUAUGAGACUGCUCACCAACUUAAAAAGGUUCUUCAUUGUAGAGCCCACUUGCGCCCCCAGCUGGCCAAAUGGCUGCUUACCUUGUUUUGUCGGCCUUUUUCUUAUAUAUUGUUAUGUACAUCUCAGAGGGAGUAUUACUAAUAUAUUCUAAAAUUACAGUUAUUGUUGAAUGUUUUCCAUGUCAUAAAUAUCUUGUUAAUAUUGCACCAAUGCACCCUUGUAUAUGUUAAUGUUGUAAAAUAUAAGAAGUAGAUGACACGUGUUGGUUUCCAUGAAGGUUGGGUGCAUGUCUGGGUUUUUUGAUUCCUGUGAUUGUACAUACUGUAUUUUUAUGGUGUAAAUGUAACCCUGGGGAACCAAACUCUGAUUGUUAAGCAUUGAAGUUGAUGAAGAAUUGAAUCUGAAUAUUUUUAAUAAAUAUUAUUUGAUUCCA